GAGAUGCACAAGAAUCGAGUACCAGCAGCGCACCACUGGAGUCCCUUCUAAUCGAGUUCUUCCCAUGCAAAUCCCCGAGCUCCCUCCUGGAUCCCGACCCGAGCCCCGAGCUCCCUUCUAGUCGAGUUCCUCUGGAUCCAACCCCGAGCCCCCUCCUUGUCCCAGCGACUUCCUAGUACAGGACAGUACCGGGAGGUGGUAGAGCUUGUACAGCAACCCUCUCGCGGAAGCACACUGCGUGGCAACCAAUCCACCAGCGGCAUCCUAGCCCAGCCAGAGCAGCCCUGAAUGCCCCUGAUUGGGAUGGAGGGGCCAUGGAGGGGGCGUGGAGGGGGCGUGGAGGAGGCAUGGAUCAGGAUGAUAAAUCUCCCACUCCCAUAAUGUUGGCAAUUAGCCCUCUCGCCACUCGUUCCUAGCUUCGCCCAUUCCCUUGAGCUCUCACAAUCCACCUGCGUUCCCUCCAGAGCGAGCCUUCUACGAGUAGUAGUACUGGUACUACCAGCACUAGGCUGGUUCAAUGAAGCAGUUUCAGGUGUGAGGCAACGCCGCCAACAACAACGGCCGCCACCUAGGGUUCGAGAGAGCCGUUUUAGGGCCCCCAAUUCUAGGAACAAGCUCAGGCCGCAUAGGCGUCAACGAAUUCUGUCAAGCUCUUUGAUUUGGGAGGAGUUCCGUCUGAUUUGGGAGGAGUUCUCCCUGAUUUGGGAGGCUUUCUGUCUCAGUCAGGAGGGGUUCUGUCUGAAAGAGGGGGGCUGGCGGACAGCCACCAAAUCCAGCACCGCAGAUUCUCAGAGCGGCUCUUGGCAGGAAAGGCCGUGCACGGAGAUUGCUCGGAUGCUCGUGGCGCCUCAAAAACAGAUUCUCAAGACGGGAGUGUGCAGAGGGAUCUGGUGAGACCCGUUGUCACACAUCCGCCACACAACGAGUCAGAUCCUGUGUCCGGCUCAGGAGUACUUGGUCUGCCAGGGGCCCUGUCACCCACUCUAUAUCCCGAGGGGGAGACGCCUGCCAGGAGUUGUACAGGGCUUGCUAUUCGAAUUGAAACUGACUCGUUGCUACAAUCAUCGUGGAAAGAUUGAGAUCCGGGUCAUAUCACAGCUCAGCUGACGGGUCCUAUCACAGAUAAAUCCCUACGACAUCCACAUUGCCACAAAAACCGAAACCCAUCGCUGAGGGAAUCUGGACCGGACGCCACCUGUCCGUCAGUCACAUGAUGGAGGCAGCUCCCCCGGAAGUUGCACUGCUGGCGCCUCGCAGCCAGUGGGCCAAGCAGCUGGUGGCAGCAUACGGGGUUCCGCCGGGAGAUUGCAGACACGAGCCCAGCGACACACACCGGGAGGCCGCACGAGCGAAGAAGCGGGGUCGUCGCAAGGGCGAUUGUGAUUACGCUUCUCACGAUGCUACUGCUGCUGGUGCUGCUGGUGCUGCUGCCAACCAUGGCUGUCAGGCGCGUGGCUUCAAGAGCCCUAGGCCCCAUGCAGCAGACGCGGCAGCAAUGUCGGCACCUUCCACGCACGAGAUGUGUUCACAGCGCAUAGCAGGCAGGCCCGCAGGAGCAACCCCGGGGCACCUCAGUUGCGGUGUGCUGGAACCCAAGAAAGGGAUGAUGGAGAAUCAACUGGGGGAGGUUUGGAACAGGUCGCAGAGUGAAGCAGCUGUUGGUGCUCCAGACCUAACGGCUCAUGCUGCUGCUGCGGAUCCAGCUACUACUGAUGCUGCUCCAGGCUUAACGGCUCUUGCUGCUGCCACUGCUGCCGUCUCGAAUCCUGCUGCCACCGCUGACGCCACUGCUGCUGCUGCUGGGGGCUCCUUCAGUGCGCGGCCAAGCUGGCCAGCUUACUUCCGAGCCAAGGAGCCGCAAGGGAUGCAGAUAUUCCCAGACCCGCCUCUUGAGCGCUUCACAGAGUCUAGCAGCAGCAGCAGGAGCAGCAGCCCCGCAAACUUCAACUUCACUCCAGACACAGUCAUGGCCGAGCCGGCUGAAGCUGAUGCAUCCUCACGUCCUAGUGACGGCAGCACCACGUGUCCUCGUGAAGGCACCACGUUUUCCAUGCGAUCCAUCCCUGACUUGAACCUGCCUGCCCAUGAGGCCAGUGAGCUGAUACACGGUCAGCAGGUUCAAGCCACCCUUGGCGUUGGUGACGUGGGUCUGGAGCCAUCAGGCUUCGACCACGGUGUGCAUAGGGAUGAAAUCCCCAGCCCUUGCUUGAGUAUCGUGCAGUGUACAAGUCCUCGACAGCAGCAGCACAAACACCAGCGCCAGCAACAGCACCAACACCAAUUGCAGCAGCAAGUUCAAGAGCAGGUCCACACGUUUGCCCCAUCGGCAGGCCUGCAGGAUUCAAAAUGUCCAGAAGCAGGUAGGAGGAAGCAGCUGAUAAAAGAGAUCAAGUCUCAGAUGUACAUCUUCUGGAACUGCUGCCACUGACCGUGAACUGCUAAUCAGAGGCAAGUUCACUUAUUCCUGCGUUUGAGGCAGAAAGUGCAUGUAUGGAUGACUGUUUGUAGACCCUGCCAUGAGUUUUGACAGCAGCAAUGAUGCUUAGCUCAUGAGAGACACGGCACAGACAGCAGCUAAAAGAUAUCCGUUGCUUGAUUCAUCCCUGAAUUGAAUGUGCCUGCUGGUGAUGCUGGUGAGCGGAUUCUUGGGCUGGCGGCUUCAAAGCCACCCAUGUGCCCAGAGCCACCGUAGUUCAAUCUGGCACUUCAACUGCAGAGAGUGAUGAGGCCCCAAGCCUUUCUCGAAUACGGUCCAGUGCAUUAGUACCCAGCAGCAGCGGCAAGUGCUUGGGCUGUGGCAACAGCAAGAGCAUAUAUCUUGAAAAUCAGCUUACGUCGCUAUCAAAGUAGCGAAUUGACUACUUGCAAGGCAUACAUGGUGAUAUAAAGGUUGUCUGUUGUACUCCCUAAGGACACGAACCCAUCUAGCCUA